AUGAAACUCAACGUUCUUAUGUUGCUCUUUGUUGUUCUAAUUAGCAGCCUCUUGGGGGCCUCUCAAGGAGGUAGUCUCAGUGAGUAUUUCUACAAGCAUACCUGUGGAGAAGCUGAGACUAUUGUAAAGAAGGCCACCGAGAAACAUGUCGCCAGUAACCCUGCUGUACCCGCACAGUUGCUCAGAAUGCAUUUCCACGAUUGUUUUGUCAGAGGAUGUGAUGGAUCAGUUCUGUUGAACUCAAAAAAGAAAAAUGCGGAAAAAGAUGCAGGUCCGAACCAAUCUUUGUUGGGUUUUGAUGUAAUUGAUGAUAUCAAAGCACAAGUUGAGAAGAAAUGCCCAGGAGUUGUUUCAUGUGCUGAUAUUCUGGCUUUGGCAGCAAGGGACUCUGUUUCCUACGCAUUUAAGAAAUCCAUGUGGGAAGUGCCUACGGGUAGAAGAGAUGGCAAAGUAUCGCGAAGCAGCGAAGUACAGCAAAAUAUUCCAGCGCCCUUCUUCAACUUCAACCAACUCAAGCAGAACUUCGCCAGCAAAGGCCUUAAUGUGCAUGACCUUGUCGUAUUAUCAGGAGGACACACAAUCGGAGUGAGUCACUGCAAUGGGUUCAGCAACAGGCUGUACAACUUCACUGGAAAAGGAGAUCAGGACCCUUCAUUGGACAAAAAAUACGCUCAGCAAUUGAAGAGCAAGUGCCCUCCAAGAGACCGAAAGACAACUGUGGCAAUGGACCCCGGCAGCGGCAGUGCUCUCAAGUUCGACAGCAGCUACUACGACGUCGUAAUCAAGAAAAAGGGUCUCUUCACCUCAGACUCCACACUUCUCACCAACAAUGUCGCCCGUAACACCGUCCAGAAGUUGGUUCAUCAGAAUGAUUUCUUCACCGAAUUCGCACUGUCCAUGAAGAAGAUGGGAGCCAUUCAGGUCCUCACUGGCACGGCUGGUGAGAUCAGGAAGAAGUGUUGGGCCGUCAAUUCUAAUUAG